UGGGGAGAAGUCGGAAUGUCUUACCCUCUCCCUGUCAAUAUUUUAGAUGAACGUCACGACAGUGCUGUCAAUCCAGUCGUUCUUGAAAGUCGUCGUUGGCAAGGAAUUCCCGUUAGGCGUGUAUGAGUACCGCCUGCAUGUGAUUGCAUUUCUGCCCGGUCUGUUGAUCUUUGGGACUGCCAAUGCCAAUCAGGGGAUGGGUCCUUUCUUAUACUUCCAAGGCCCCAAUCUUGCGACUGGUAGCCCUGGUCGAGGUUACGGCUGGUUCUCAGUCCUAUUCUUCUUGUUCGUCAGCGCAACCGUCAUGGUCACCUCCUACAUGACCGUCCGGCACGUCAACCGGGUGCGGAACGAAAUGCACGGCAAGAAGCAAAGCGCCGCUCAAAGCAAAGCUACCGCGGGAACGGACCGCGCUGUGCGAAGACUGCAGAGCUUUACGAUUGCUGCUUGCUUGCAGUGGCUUCCGUGCGCGUUGCUGUUGACGGCUGCUAUGGCUGAUACGACGAAGCCGUAUGGGUUUAGGAUGUUUUGCAUCUAUGUUGGGAUCGCCGGCGCAAAUCUUGGGGGAGUCUGGAACAGCGUGGCAUAUAUAUACAACGAGAGGAUCUACAUGAACAUGCGAGCCGCGCCCAUCAAUGGCUCAGGCGUCAACCAAAGUACCUCCGCCGUUGACAAUUCCACAACGGGAAAGAACUCGAUGAAAGGGCAGAGCCAGACCGUGCUUCCCAAACUGCCUCCUGGUCAACCCAUGACGGACAAUUUCUUCAAGGGACCCGUCACUGCUAUGGCUUGAACGAGUUGACCCUCCUGAUAGCAACUCGGCGGCUUCCCGUCUUCUAUACCCGGAUGAGGGAAACCUCGUCUGCAUUGCUUUUCUUCUCUGGCUCGCGGGAUCGAAACCAUAGCGUUGUUUCUUUGCGAUUUGUCACGCAACCAACCAAUUUUUGCACAAUAAAUUUGGGGAAUGGAUCCGAGCAACCCCCAUAUUGUUCUAGCCACCCCCUUUGGCGUCGUUUUG